UUGCAUUCGAAUCGAAGGGAACAGUAAAACAGUGUCAAAUAUUUCUGGGUGAAAUUUCCGAGUACGAAUAGGUCAAAGUUGAUUUUGUCGUGAGACAAUUGCUGAACUGAACUGCCUAUAAAUUUCAAGUCUCAAAAUGUCCCUCAAUUGCCCGGUUCAUAAUAAGGACUCUAGUGGCUUAAACAUUACCAGGUCCGCAACCUCGGACGACGCCAAGAUCGCCAUGUGCGCCUGUUUGGAAUUGGCCAACUGUCGGGCCGAAAAUUGUCAGCUGAAGCAGAAACUGACCGAGUACGAGGCCAAGAUCAGCAGUCUCGAGCAUCUGGUGGCCACCAUCGCGGAGGAGCAGCUCCAGAUCCGCCAAGAAGUGAUCGAAUUGCGCAACGAGACUCAGGGUGCAACGAUGGAAGCCGCCAACGAGUUGGAACCUUCGGACAACUUAUCCGUGAACCCGCAAGAGGAAAUGUACGAUGAGGAUGAAUACGAUCCGGAUUCAGAAUCCGAGUACAAUGCCAUCCAGUCUCCCAAUCCCUCAGUACAUUCUUCGAUGGCCUCGCUGGUCUCAUUGAAUAUAUCAUCCAACAGCUCCAUGGAGCUGAAUGUUCUAACUCUAAAUGAUAACUCGGAUUCCGAUUGCAUAUACAGCGAAAAUGAGGAUUUCUAAGAAACCCAUCUAAUUCCAAUCGCAUCCUCUCCACAAGUUCCGCCGCAAAAACAUUUCCGAUUACGAUCGCGAUCUUUAAUACCACAAACGAAAAUGUUAAAAUAAAGAGUUCGUUGUUGUGCAUCCCAUAAUA